AUCCGGAAAUCGAAACUUAACCGAUCUGAAUGUAAGAAAAUGAAAGUAGUAUUCCGUGAUAUAAAAAGGAACAGCUUCUCACACUGUUACUUAGUUCAACUGUGUUUGAACUGUUUGCUGUUCGUUUUUUAAUUUUGCAAUGGAGAAUUAUAUUUCUUUGCUGAAUGAGUACCAACAGAAGAGCGGAUCCACUGUGAAAUACGUGGAAGGAUCCAAUGAAGGGCCAAGCCACCUUAAAACGUUCACUUGCAGGGUAAUUGUAAAUGGCACAAGUUAUCCUGAUGGCACUGGCAAAACCAAGAAGGAGGCAAAGCAAAAUGCUGCCAGGAAUGCACUCGCUGACAUGAAGGGAUCACACAAUAUAGAAUCUACAACAUCAUCUAAACCGGUUAAUUCCAACAACGUGACCAUAACUCAACGGAAUUUUAUUGGCUGGCUCAAUGAAUAUUCACAGAAGAGUAAGUUAGAAUUUAAGACCCGGGAGUCGACUAAAAUGGAUCCAGGAAGCACCACUCAAUUGUGUACUUAUGUUUGUAAGUACGUUUGCAAUGAUAAAGAAUUUCCUGAAGCGUUUGGCAAAACAAAGAAGGAGGCCAGAGAGGCAGCAGCUUACUGUGUUCAUAUAGAGUUAUGUCAAACACAAAAUACAGAGGUCAAUGAAAACUGCAACGGUACGGUGAGGUCAGAGGACGCGUCUGUGAGUGCAAAGGACAGUUUAAAUUCGAGUUUCUCGGAGGAUUCGCGGAGCACCACGCCGGACAACAACUACAUUGCAUGUCUCAAUGACUUCUGCCAGAAACAUAAACGAGUUUUGGAAUUUAAAUUAGUGAACAAAAGUGGCCCUCCGCACAACCCAGAGUUUGUUUAUAAAGUUAUUAUAAACGGAAAGGAAUACCCUGAAGCACAAGGAAGGAACUCAAGAGAGACAAGGCAUCUCGCAGCUCAGCACGCUUGGGCUGAAAUAAUGGAGUGUAGCUUCACCGCACAGAGUUCUGAAGAUGACACCUCUUCACGAUCCUCAGAGAUACUAAGUCAGUCUGAAGAGAAGAGCAGCACCAGUGAUAGUGUUGUCUUUAAAGACUCUUCCUGUCCCCCGAUGGCCAUAAGUCCCGUACGCUCAUUGGAUACGAAGGCCAAAAUAAAAUUAGCACCCAGUUUUCUGUCGCCCAACGGUUUGUCCAACAGUAAAGGGGAUGGUCCUAACAUGAAUGGGCACAACCCACCAAAGCCAUCUGCAGAACAAACUGCAAACCAGAUCAUGAAGUCAAGGUUUUUGGAAGACUUUGACACAAUAAGUCCAGUUGGCAAAGGUGGCUUCGGCCGUGUUUUCAGGGCAAGACGAAAGCUUGAGAACAAAUAUUUUGCUGUGAAGAUAGUGAAGAGCACAAAAAAAGCUUUACGUGAAGUUAGUGCAUUGGCAGAGCUUUAUCACCCGAAUAUCGUCCGUUACAACACCGCUUGGUUCGAGGACACAAUGUACAGACACGACUCUUCGGACAGCUACAGCAACUCAGAUUCUGGCAGUAGCACGGGAACAACGUUCCUCUACAUCCAGAUGGAGCUGUGUGAAGGAGACACUCUGCGUGUCUGGAUUGAUAAAAGGAAUAAUCCAAAUGAACAAUGUCCAGAGCGGAGACGAGACGCUGCACAUAUCAGCAAACAGAUCCUGCAGGCCGUGCAAUACAUCCACUCCAAAGGGUUAAUCCACAGAGACCUGAAGCCUGCCAAUAUCAUGUUUGGUAGUGAGGGUGGGGUAAAAGUGGGAGACUUUGGACUCGUGACAGCAGCAGAAAAUGACAACGAUGACCAACUGAUGGAACGGACUAAAAAGACAGGAACCCGUACUUACAUGAGUCCAGAACAGGUUACUCAAUGCUAUGACGUAAAGGUGGAUAUAUUUGCUCUCGGUCUCACCUACUUUGAACUCCUCUGGAAUCUUGUCACGAAGACUGAAAAGGACAAGAUUUGGGAUAAUAUAAAAAGUAGGAAAUUUCCAGCGCAGUUCUCAGAGAUGUUUGGCUUUGAGCACAAGCUCAUAGACAAAAUGUUGCGUCACAAUCCCGAAGACAGACCAGAUGCUACAGCGCUGAUCGAUGAACUGAAUCAACACUCCACGGUCCUGUAGAAGAACUGGAUGGGAACAUCUAUUAUUUAAGCCUUAAUUGAACUUUAUAUUUACAGUUUAUUAGAAAUACAGAAUAUAAAUGUGUUUCAUCGUGGGGAGCGCUAUAAUAUAUGAAUGAAACACAGACUUGCUGCUUGUGAACGGUAUUCCAAAUCAGUCCCUUACGAGGUUCCAUAAGAUGACUAAUGUAUGGGAAUACACUUUGGUGGUGGUGCGGGAAGGCCGGAUGCUUGCCCAAUCUCUAUCGCUAUUUCUGCAUGUCUACAACAUCUGCUGCAGCCAAGCGGGCUGGGAUUGUGCCGCGUUGCAGACAAAGUCGGUGGUGGGAAUACCCACGUUUGUUUCCCACUUCUGAGCUCAGCGCGUUCCAGUCAAUCACACGUCAUGUUUUAAUGGCAUGCACUUAAAUCUUCCGGAUGCUAGCCAGCUGGCUAUCAAGUAGCCAUUUAAUGACAAAACACAAGUUAGGUGAAAACGAAGGCAUUGAUUGACAUGCGAACAAUUCUUCUAUUAUAUUUGAUGUGCCCGUGUGACCGUGUGAUUGACCGGGAGGCAUUGAGGUCGGAAGUGGGACAUUUCAAUUCGGGUAUUCCCACCUCCGACUUCGUCUGGAACGUGGCAUUAGUUUUGGAUUUAGCUAUUUCAAAUGGACAUUCCGAGUCAGAAUUCCCGACGACCUUUGUUCUCUGGCUUUGUAAUAGUCACGUGGUCCAGACUGUUACAGUGACGUGUAUGUGGAAGGCAUUUAGCAGAGUAACUUUCACAUUUAAGACUGCUUUAAAGGUGGCAAAAGUGCAAUUUAGAAAUAUUUUAAUGACUGUGGGGGAUUCACCAUUUACUCACCCUCAUGUUUGAUUGUCCCUCUUCAUUGCAUUGCUUUUUAAUGAAAGUGUCAAAUAAAUAAAUGAUCUAUAAGAAAGAGCAGAAACAGGCUGUUAAUGGUGUACUGUACUGUGUGCUUCCUGUCUCUCUAAUCAUGUUAAAUGCAUGUGGAUGACACUGUUAAUCACUGUAAGGUUUUGCAUUAUGUUUCCAUUAAUAAUGUCUGUCACUAUUCUGGCACAAUAAUGAAUAUCAUGGAAAUUUUAAUCACGCUAGUUUUGGUAAAUGAAUCAUUCAACAUGAGAAUAUGUGGCUAUCAUUUUCAACAACAACAAUAAAUCUUUCUUUAAUGUUUGUAAAGUUUUUCAUUUGUCUAGGUUGUUUCUAAUUUGGUAUUUUUGGGAUGUUUUGUUGUAAGAAUGAAUUAAACAUGUAAUAAAUAAAACAAGUAUUCUUGCAAUUUUCACUCUUUUUACGUUACUUUUUAAACACAGUCAUUUUUGUUUACAGUUAUUCACUUUAACGAUUCUUUUACCAAUUGCAUUGUUUUAUAUGGAUGUGGCAGGGCGGAGGGCAGGGCCGGGUCGUGAUCCUACAUACCCGGUCCCAUAUUAGGCUAAUCAAGCCUCCAUGAGGGUUAAAGGCUGACUGCAGGGGGCCGUGCGAGAGAGAGAGAGAUAGUUUACGGACAUGUCCGCCAUGUGUGUGUUUGUGUCUUCUUUAAAGUUUCUCAUUAAACUAUUAUUUACAUCGUCAAGCCGGUUCUCGCCUCCUCCUUUCCAUUGAUCCUUUACACUGGUGCCGAAAUCUGGGAAGGAGGAAGGAUACGCCGUAGUAGAGUUCUCGCCACUACCGUCCACCCCAACGGAGCAGCUGCGGCCAUCUGCCGGGGGACGAGGAGCCCGGCCGCCUGGAAGAGGACGAUGGCCGCCGACCACGAGGGGAGAAGGGGCUCCUAACCGACUACUUGGAACAGUCAGGGCCGCUGCCAGGGGCGCAGGAGUCCCCUACCAGCCGCCGAAAUGCGGCGGGGUCUGAGACCACCGACCGCGAGCGGGGAGGGGCUCGCUGCCAACCGCCUGGAGCAGGAGAACUGCUGCCAGGGGCGGGGGUGACCCCUUCUGUUCCCCAAGAACGCUGCGGGACGUUCCGUCCGCUAGGGGCUGGAGGACUGCCUCCGAUCCGCCCGGAGAGGCGCGGCUGUUGUCCGAUAGAGGGUGGAGGAGUGGCCGAGGAACAAGCUAUGGCAUAUUGGAGAACUGGCGAGUAAGAGUUUUUUUUAUCUCUCUCUCCUCUCUCUCACUUUUACAGUGUUUUUUGGGGGGGUACUGCACUGUUACAAGAAGUACCCCCUCCCCCA